AUGGCGAUCCUGUCUCCCGUAAAGGGCGUCUCGCUGUUGACUUUGCCGACCGAGCUUCUGGUGGUGGUCUUCGGUUGCUCCUCUUCAUUCAAAAAUGUUGCCAACCUCGCUGCAAGCUGCAAACGGCUAAACAAAAUCUGGAAGGAGCACACUUCAUACAUCUGCAAUCAAGUUUCAUCCGCGACCAUACCCUGUUACGAAGAUUUACGGGCUCUCCUGGCCACGCAGGGACAUCUCGCCAUCGAUGCACAGGUCCUCAAAGUCUCAGACGUUAUUCGGCUCAAUGAAACUUCCGAAAAUGCAUACUAUCUGCUCACUGCAUUUCAUGAUCGUUUGAAGAAAGGCCUCCACUGUGACCCACAAGUCUCCAGGGUCUUGUCGUUUCCUGAAGAAAUCCGCUUCAUCCGUGCCCACUAUCAAAUCUGGGAACUGAUGCUGCUUGAGGAUGCCAAACAGCAAGAGUGUAUUGCAAGUAUGGAUCUCGAGCAGACUUGCUUACUGUCGGACUUUCUGUGUGUUUUUGAUCCCUGGAGGAUUCAAGAUCCCGUCAUUGAGCAGGUUGUGGACCGCGAUCCGAUGGCCCAUCAGUGGUUGCAGCGGAAGAUCCGAAGGCAACGCAACAAGGACUUCCGUGAGCAGCUUCAUCAUAAUUACAGACCAGUGAGCUUUACACCGUAUGAGCGGCAUGGGCGGCACGCGUGGUGGUGCGAUCGGCAGCAGGAGACGUUCAAGAAGAUGUUGACAGGAAGCUUGUUCCUCCACGAACAAGACAGCAACACAGAAGAGGAAGAGGAGGAGAGCUCUGGCGACGAGGACUACUGA